AAAAGACGGAAACGGAAGUAAAAUGUUAAGAGCCGGAAUGGUUGCGGACUGAAUAUGGCUUCAUUGAUUGAAACCUAUGAACAACAAUAUGCCACAUUAACAGCAGAAAUAACCCAUAAUAUAAACAAUAUUUCAAGCACAAGAGGAGCAGAAAAACAGAAAUAUGUCAGACAGGUUGAAAAGUUGUUUGAUGAAGCUAAGGAAUUGUUGGAACAGAUGGAUCUGGAAGUGAAAGACUUAACAACAGACAGACAAAAGUACAGAACAAGAGUCAAAAGUUACCAAGUGGAACUUACCAAGCUAGAAACUGAUGUGAGAAGAGCUAAGUUGGGUAUAGAUAGCAGUAGAGAUGAAUUAUUAGGUGAUGAUACACAUGACUCAGAGGAUCAGAGAAGGAGAUUGCUUGACAACACAGAGAUGUUAGACAGAGCUACCAGAAGAAUAGAACAUGGAUAUAAAGUUACUCUAGAAACAGAACAAAUUGGUGCUCAGGUUAUAGAAGAUCUUUCUAAUCAGAGGGAAAGUAUACAGAGAUCAAGGAGCAGGUUAGGUGAAAUGAAUGCAAACUUGGGUAAAAGUUCACGACUUCUCUCAGGCAUGAUGAAAAGAAUUAUACAGAACAGAAUUCUCUUGCUUGGUAUUGGUCUUAUAUUACUUAUUGUCAUAGUGGUAGCAAUAUAUUUUAUGGUGCGAGACAAUUCCUGACAGGAACAAGAACUGUAUAAUCAAAUUUUACAAGAUGAAAGUCACAACAAAGGUGUUUAGAACAUAGUGAUGGGUAAAACUUAAUUUGGUGAUACAUGUAGUAGAUUGUUAUUAAGGCUUUAAAAGUUGGUACAUAACACAACAGGGAGAUAACUCUGUAAAAAUCAGCAGAACAUUUUAAUCGCAUUUUAUUGUUAUUGGGGAAUAUUAAGCUUCUCAAUAAUCAAAAUUAGAGUUGAUAAAAUUGCUAUAUACCCUAUGAAAUUUUCCCCAUAAAGUGUGUGAUUUAAUUCUUUUUUCGAUUUUUUUUUUGAAAAGUCAAAGUUGAUAUUUUGUCAAAAUUUAAUUAAAAUCAAUGAUCAAAUGAACCAAAUUAAUUUUAGUUUGGUACCACCUUAACCAUUUAUUCAGAUGUAAGGUAUAUAACAUGUUAUUGGAUGGCCAGUGUUUGGAUAAGACAUACUUAGAUAAUGAAAAGGAUUCUUUAGAUUUUAAAUUGACUUCAGGUAAAAGCUGCAUUUGUUUCUUAAUCUGAAAAUUAACAGUCAUAAGUGCAUAACACUACUGGGUGCAACCCCCAACAACUAUAUUCAGCUGCCUUGAUAUUUGAUCAAUGUAGCAGCACUCUUUUAUCUCCUUUUAGCCCCUCUUUGCAUUUCUAUAUGUAACAGUGUCUAGCUAUUUGAUUGAUGAAGCAACACAAUUUUACUUUCAGUCCAUUUCUUUCCAUUUAUAAAAUAUG